UCCAAAGUCCAAACAUAUGAUGUUAACAUUGCACUGUUCUUUAGCACAUUCUAUUUAUAUACUUAGCAUGUGACUUUAGCAGUCCAUAUAUAUCUAAAUUUUCUAGCUCUUUUCUUUAAUUCCUGCUGCUGCAACUGCUACUAGUACUACUACUACAUGAUGAAUAUGAAACCUUUAAUAGUACCAGCUGGUAUUAUGAAUACCCUUUGUUUAGUGGUACUGUAUUGUUCAAUUAUUAUUACAGAUAAUUCAGUUAGUGGUUCAAGGAAGUGUGAAUUCCCAGCAAUAUUCAACUUUGGUGACUCAAAUUCAGACACUGGAGGUCUUUCUGCUGCCUUUGGACAACCUGGCUAUCCUUAUGGAGAGUCCUUCUUUCAUCACCCUGUUGGUCGCUACUGUGAUGGUCGUCUUCUUGUUGAUUUCAUUGCUGAGAAGCUAGGCCUUCCAUAUUUGAAUGCAUACCUUGAUGCUGUUGGAUCAAAUUUUAGCCAUGGAGCCAACUUUGCAACUGCUGGAUCAACCAUCAGACCUCAGAAUACAACUCUUCAUCAAACUGGUGGUUUCAGCCCUUUCUCUUUGGAUGUUCAAUUCACUCAGUUCAAUGAUUUCCAGCGUAGGACACAAUUUUUUCGCAACAAAGGUGGAAUAUACAAAACAUUGUUACCAAAAGCAGAAUAUUUUUCUCGAGCAUUAUACACAUUUGAUAUUGGUCAAAAUGACUUGGCAUCCGGUUACUUCCACAACAUGUCCAUAAAUCAAGUUAAAGCAUAUGUUCCUGAUGUUCUGGAUCAAUUCAAGAACACAAUCAAGAAUAUAUAUGCUCAUGGAGGAAGAUCAUUUUGGAUUCACAAUACUGGUCCUGUUGGUUGUUUGCCAUACAUCAUUGAACUUCACAAAGUAACAUCAGAUAAAGUAGACAAAGCAGGAUGCGCAAUCCCUUAUAAUGAAGUGGCUAAGUUCUUCAAUCAUGAACUGAAACAAGCUGUUGUUCAACUUCGAAAAAAACUUCCCUCGGCUGCCAUAACCUAUGUCGACGUUUACUCAGCCAAGUACUCUCUCAUUAGUCAAGCAUACAGACAUGGUUUUAAGGAACCUUUGAGGGCUUGUUGUGGACAUGGUGGGAAGUAUAACUAUAAUUUACACAUUGGAUGUGGAGCAAAGGUUAAGAUUGAUGGAAAAGAGAUUUUGAUUGGAAAACCAUGCAAGGAUCCAUCUGUGGUGGUUAAUUGGGAUGGUGUUCAUUUGACCCAGGCUGCUAAUAAAUGGGUGUUUGAGCAAAUUGUAGAUGGUUCACUUUCUGAUCCUCCUAUUCCCUUAAACAUGGCUUGUUAUAAGCACUCUUAACAGAAAGGUUUCCCAAAAAAUGUUACAACUCUAUUAGUUUGAGAGGAUUCUGGGAAGAAUAAUAUUGAGAUCACUACUUUUGGAUAUGUUUCCUUUUUCUCUUACUAAACAAUUGAUUUGAGUUGUGAGCUUAAGCUCCAUUUUUUCUUACUAAAUUUGACCUACAAGUGAUUUGGAUUAA